AUGUAUGAGGAUAACUCUAGAGCCAUGCAUUCCUUCAAAACCCACUAUACGGUAUUGAUGGGAGACUUCAAGGCAAAACUAAGUACAAGAGAAAGCGGUGAGCUGAAGUUAGGGAAAUUUGGAAUAAGGCAACGGAACCCUAGAGGCCAGCAGCUGGCCGACUUUAUGGAGAAAGAGGGACUCUUUAUGAUGAACUCUUUCUUCCAGAAGCGGCCGCACAGGAAGUAG